AUGUCUUCAUUCGUAGAGAAAAAUAUUUAUCAUCAUGCAUCUGGCGAAGCAGAACAAACAGUUAAAGCUCAUUCUAACAAAUGUGAUCUUGUAUUUUAUGCUGCGUGGUUUUGUCCGUUUGUACAUCGAACAUGGUUGGCUUUAGAAGAAAAAGAAAUCUUAUAUGAAUAUCGAGAAGUAAAUCCAUAUAAAAAAGAAAAGGAGUUUUUGGACAUUAAUCCUCUCGGCUUAACUCCUGCUAUCGCUUACCAUGGAAAAGCUUUGCACGAGUCAUUAGUUCUUAAUGAAUUUUUGGAAGAUGAAUUUACAGGUUCAAAGCCACUUUUGCCAAAAGACAGUUUCGAACGUGCACGAUGCCGACUAUGGAUUGACCAUCUAGCAAAAAAAUUUACAUCGGCAUUCUUCCGAACUAUGCAAGCUCAAGAAGAAGACAAACAAAAGGAAGGUUUAAAUGAACUUGUUGAGACUCUUAAAACAUAUCUCGAUCAAGUUAAAGGUCCUUGGUUUUUGGGUGAACAAUUUUCAUUAGUGGAUAUUACUGUGGCUCCAUGGAUCUUCCGUAUGUACAUUUUAGAAGAGCAUCGAGGAUUCAAAGAUGAACUCGUCGGUGGAUGUUGGCCAGAAUACAAAAAACUCAUCAAAGAACGACCAAGUGUAAUCAAAACAUCAUCAGAUCGUCAACGUUAUACGGAAUUUUAUCAGCGAUAUCUUCAAAAUGAAACUGAAUCCGAAAUUGCAAAGGCCAUACGAGCAGGAAAACCGUUACCAUAG